AAUUUACUAACGAAUAUAGAAUUAAACGUAGAAAUAAUGGACAUAAACAAUACGGAUUUGUAUCUACAUUUUUAUACAACAAGCGUAUGAAUAAGUUUAUCUUUGAAUUACGUGGUCAGGGCAAUGAGAUUCAGUUAAAAAUAAACAAAGAGGAUAUCGAGAAAGUAUUCGAUGCUCCAGACAGGUUUGAUAUUGAACAUGUUGUUAAAUUAGAGAAAUGGGAUAUGAUUACUGAAGUUCUUGAAGAAACAGGAUUAGAUAUCAAAAAGAUUUCCUGUGAGAUUAAAUACUUUGG